AUGAUCCCUAAUAGUGUCCUUGCUACUAAGGCUAUACAAAAUUUCUACCAUAGUCCUGAUGUGGGAGAUACAAUUGAAUUAUGUAUUCAUAUAGCUACUCCGCUCGAAAAGAUUUCACUUAUGAAACAUAGAAUACAAAGUUACGUCGAUAAUAAGAAGGAUCAAUGGCAUCCUUCACCUUAUAUAUUCUUGAAGGAUCACGAGCAAUUGAACAUGCUGAGAGUGGCGACCUGGCCAACUCAUAAAAUGGACUUCCAAGACAUGAGAGAAAGAUUUAUCAAAAGAUCUAUCCUGAUUGAAGAGUUGAUGAAGAUUUUUAGAGAUCUCGACAUUCAAUACCAUCUCAUACCUCUCAACUUCCAAGACACAGGCUCUUGA